AGCCCGGCUCGCCAGAGAGCACCGGCGGAGCGGGCAGGGCUGGCAGCGCCCGCAGCCCACCAUGCUCCGGCUGGGAGCCCGGCUCGCCGGGCCACGAUGCUUGCUGCUCUGCCUGCUCCCGGCCGUCCUCAGAGCCCAGCCUGGCUGGGAGGGGAGGCCCAAGCCCCUGCCAUGCCAGCAGAGCCCCACGAAGGUGUCAUGCAAGGGUGCUGGCCUGCACAGCUUUCCAGAGGAGCUUGGCCAAGGAGUGAAGUACCUCGAGCUCUCCAACAACUUCAUCCGAAACCUGUCGGAGAGCCGCAUGCGGGGGUUCGGGCAGCUCGAGCACCUGGACGUGUGCUUCAACCAGCUGGAGGCGGUGUCGGGAGCCGCCCUGGCUCAGCUCCCCCAGCUGCGCUCUCUCCUCCUGGGCUCCAACCACCUGGACCGCAAUUACCUCGCUAACGGGCGAGCCUUCGGCUUGCUCAGCAACAUCGAGGUCCUGGACCUGUCGGCAAACAACCUGGAGAGCCACAUGGCGGGCUGGUACCUCAGCAGCCUCAGCACACUGAAGAAGCUGGACCUGUCCGGGAACAGGAUGACGAGGCUGCCCGCGGGCAUCUUCUGGAGCACGCCGGCGCUGAGCGAGGUCAACCUCAGCAACAACUACAUCAUGGAAAUCGAGGAGGGAGCCUUUGGGGCUCUGGAGGAGCUGGAGGUGGUGAACCUGGCCUUCAAUUCCCUCCACUGCAUCUCCGGCUUCAGCCUCAGGCAGCUGCGAGUUUUAAACCUGAGCCACAACGCCCUGGAGCUCUUCGUCUCGGAGGACGGAGAGGAACCCUACCUGCUUCAGGUGCUCGACCUGAGCCACAACAGGCUCCUCUAUUUUCCAGAGCUCCCCAAAGCGCAUUACCUCACGCACUUAAACCUCUCCAACAACCUCAUUGCCUCGCUGGCCCCGAGCUCACGCCACCCAGCAGCGUUCGCGCUGCACUACGACGAGCUGGUGAGGUUAAACGGGUCCUCCAGCACCACAGCUGGCCUCACCCGUGUGGCUGACUUGGAUCUCAGCAAUAACCAGCUGCAGCUGUUCCCAUUUUCUUUCUUCCAUGGCCUGAGCUCUCUGCACAACCUCAGCGUGGCCACGAAUUGUCUCCAGGACGUAACGAGGGAGACGCUUACAGGUGGCACAGAAGGGGACAGCGUGGCCACCUCGCAGGAGAACGUGUCCCUCUCCGUGCGCUCUCUGGACCUCCACGACAACCUCAUCCGUGCCUUGCCACGUUGGUUUUUUGAUUUUCUGCCCCAGCUGGAAACGAUCGACCUGGGCUCCAACAGCCUCCAGCCCUGUGAGAGCCGGGGAGGUGACCGUGGGGGGACGUCAGGAGGGGGCCCUCACGGGGCAGGACCCUGCACCGCCUUCUACGACGUCCCCCACCUGAAGCACCUCAGCCUCUACAGGAACAACAUCACCCGGCUGCAGCCCUACGCCUUCAACCAGACCUCGCUGCUCUCCCUAGACCUGUCCGAGAACACGGGCUUGUCCCUGCCCAAGGCAGCCCUGGGGGGCCUGGAGCUCUCCCUGCAGGAGCUCUGGCUGCGGGGGAACCAGAUGGGGGACGGCACGGCAGAGCUCCCCUGCCUGGGCGCGCUCAAAGCCUUGGACCUCUCGGGCAAUCGCUUGAGCCUUUUGCCCGCGGGUCUUUUCUGCUCCUCGCUGGAAAGCCUGGACGUCCGCGACAACAACCUGCCGGCGCUGGCCAAGCUGGCCGUGGCGAGCUGGGCCCGCAGCCUGCGGGUGCUGUGGGUGGCCGGGAACCCCUUCAGCUGCUGCGGGCUGGGCUGGCUGGACACGCUGCGGGCGGCGCGCGUCCGCCUGCCCGACCUGGACCGGGCGCUCUGCGCCUACCGCCACCGCCGCGGCAACUUCUCGGCCCCGCUCAGCAGCCACCCCUGGUGGCCCUGCCCGCGUCCCAAAGGGGCGCUGGCGGCGCUGGUGGUGGUGCUGAGCAUCCUGCUGUGCCUGGGCUACGGGGCGUGCUGCCUCCUGAGGAGGGGGCAGAAGCCGCCGGGGUGCGGGGCUCUGCGGGGCAGCAGGGUGGGCGGCUUCGUGCCCCAUCCCAAAACGGAGAAGGCAGCCAAGGAGAGGCCAGCAGACGGUGACACUAAAGUGUAGGCCGGUGCUGGGAGCUGCAGCUAUUGGUCAGAAUGCUAAUUAUUAUUAAUAUUAUUAUUAAUAUUAUUUGGGGCACGCGUGUCCAGCAUCUUGGGUGUUUUGCAGAGCAACGUCGGGGCUGAGCCCAGCGCUGGGCAGGCACCAGGAGGGUCUGGGUUCCUGCAGCCCCCUUGCUCUUGAGAAGGAAGGUGUCCCCAUCCACGCUAGUUUGCGGAAGAAAUUAAAUAAUUAAUAAUUAAUUAAUACUUAAAUAAGUAGCCGCAGGGGGUGGUUCUGCCCUGCCCUCCACCGUUUUCAGCACUAAGGAGAAGAAAGCCCAGCCUGGGCUGCUUGUGUUGGUCUGUCCCUCCUGAAAGCCGCUGUGAAAAGGUGGUUGUCUGCGUAGCCUCGCGGCUCUCCCACCAUCCAGGGGCUGGGGCCAGCUCUGGGAAAGGGAAAAGAUCAGGGCGUGCCAAAACCUCUUGUGUUUCACAUCUCUCUGGUUCCACCUUGAAAGUCCCCAGCCGGCCCAGCGCACGCCACCUCCUUGUCCACACACCUGUUGUGCUAGGGGAUGUGAGAGCAAAAGGGCUUGGAAUUCACUUAAAAUCCCAAUUACCUCUUUCCUUUUUUUUUUUUUUUUCUCUCAAGCUUAUCAUGGUUUUACUGUGAAACAAAGGGCAUUUUUGCUGUUAAACGCACGCCUUCCCCAGGCUGCCUGCAUCGCUGCUGGGACGCCGGGGCUGGUGCCCACGGGUGUUUGCUGGACUCGCUUCUGCACGCACCCGGCCCCUGCUCCCAGCUCCCUGCAGUCCCUCGGGGUCCUGGCUCAUGCCAGCCGCCCUCUGCUCCCCGGGUGUUGCUUUUUGUCCCAGGGGUGCUCCUGGAUGGAGCCCAAAACGCUGCAGCAGACUUCGAGGGGGUGUCCCUGGUACAUUUGGUGCGUUCCUCAUUUCAGCCACCUCCAGGGCUGUACUUUCUGUGUGUUUCACUGUGAGAUGUUCUGCCUCCCGCCGGUGUCCUCCUCGCCCAAGGCUUGCUGCGGCGGCCGUGCCUCGCAGGGACACGGAGCUGGGGACAUCUGUGUGAUCUGCAGGGACACUGUGCGCAGUGCUGGGGUUGGUGUCAGGGCUUCCUGAGCGCUCCCGAGGACGGUCUGUCCACGGGCUGCGCCCUGUCCCCAUGGAGCGGCAGCAAAAAGACUCGUGGUGGAGGGUAAGAGGGGGUGGAAGAGAGGUCUGGCCUAGCAAAGGGGCUGGAGAGGCUGCCAGGGCAGGGGGCAAUGAGCCUUAACAAAGGAAAAGAAAGCCUGGAGAAGCUUUUUCUUGAUUCAAAACGAGGUUAAGAAAUCUGUAGAAUUUGGAGGUUUGAGCAAAUAAAUGAUUAUGUCAAAAUGUCCUGGGUUUGUGCCAAGCUGUAAGGGUAUAAAUCUGAGUCUGAAAAAAGAGCAGUGGUGGUUAAAAUCUUCUGACCGUUUACAAAUUUUCUAGAGAAUUAGUUGAGAAAUCCAGCAAAACUAAUUCUUUCCAGUGGAAAGCUUUCACAUUUCACUGAAUCAGUCUGUUUUCAAAGAAAAAUAGAUUUUAUCAGGAAUUCCCAACUAGCUGUUCUGCUAACUCAUGUGGAAAUUACCUUGCCUGCAACCGGCCUGAGUUAGAGCACGGUUUUGUGUUUUCCCUUUUUCUCCGUGGAGACAGGAGCUCGAGCUGCUGCAGGAGCUGAGGGAGGUGCUGGCGGGGCGCCCCUCGUGCUCCUCACCGGACGGAGCGUGGCGGAGCCCAAAUCUCCCCGGCUCCGCUCUGAGCUAACGCUCGGUGAGGUUACACCUUCGGGGUGCUGCGAGGUGUGGAACAGCCGCAGCCCUAAAUGCUGCGGUGUCCCUCUCCCCUGCUCCGUGUUUCACCCACCAGACGAGCCCACGUGAGUGCACACCGCCGCCAAAGGUAUCCCUUUUAUUGAAUUUUUGCUGAUAUUCCUGUGCUCCCAAAGGCAGCUGCUCUGACGAAGCACCGUCCUGCCACUGCAGCCGGGCUCCCCGUGGCAGGGUGGGUUUUGAUGUGUCUCUGCCCACUGCGGUGUGAGCUCUGCGCCUUCGGGAUGGGACACGAGGCUGGUGGCAGCUUCCCCGUCCCAGCGGCCGGCCCUGGCUGCAUUUCCUCCGGGACACCAGCCCGGGCGUCCCUCCCUUUCGCAGGACUUUGCCACCACUGCUUUCCAUUAUCGCUCGCUACCACAGCCCCUUCUGCGUGACUCAACAAAACUCCCGUCAGCUAUUUCCAUCCCGGUUGGCGAGGUCGGGCGUGUUAUUCAUGACACUUUCUUCCUCUCUGGUGGGGCUCCGGCCGGACGGGGACCUGCCGCUGAACCUCCGGCACGCAGCCUCCCAGCCCGCAGACGCUGGCAAGGAACGGGCUGGGAAAGCAGCUCCCAAACCCUGCGGCAGCUUCGCUCGUCCCUGCCGUCCCGGGCUUGCAGGCAGAUGUUCUGCAGCUGGGUGCCCCCACCCCGCGGUCCUGGGGCCCUGGGGACGGGGCGUGCUACACAGCCGGCCCCAGCAGCACGGAAAUGUCCCCAGGUGCCCCGUUCCCCUCGAGCGUGAGCCAUCCCAGCUGGAAGGCGCCGCUGGUCCAGGCAGAGCACCCUCUGGGCGAGGAGGGGAAGCGGGCAGGCAGCGUCACCGCGUUCCUGGGGGGGGGCUCAGCUGAUGGGAGCAGCUCCUGGCAGGUCGCAGCCGCCCACGGACCGCUUCUGAGUAUCCGUCCCGUGCUGAGGUCACCGACUGAGUGCGUCGGAAAGAGGAAGGGGGGCGGUUUCCCUGCGGGAAAGCAGCGCCCCGCAGCAGGACGGUCACCUGCUGCCACCGUGGCCACCACCAGUGCCACCAGCCCGGGCAGAUCCAGGUCCUGUCCACACCUCUGGGACACGGUGGGAGGUGGCCGGGACACACGGAGUGAGGCUGGAUGUCGGCACCGCACGGCGGCGUGCCACCACCCCCUGCGUCACCGCAGCCCGGCGCUGUCACAGCCUCCCAGACAAGGAUAUGUGGUUCCUCCACGGUGGGUAGAUGAGCAUGGGGUGCAGAGGGCACAGUCGUCUCCAGGGGCUUGAGAGGAAGACCUGGCAGGAGGGGAGCCCGUGGAAGGUCCUCAGAUGAAGCUGCCUCUUCUAAGCCUGGAGCUGCAAGUGACCGCAGGCUGGGAUGAUACACGGUGAGGGAUCUCCACGUGCUUGCUCAGUUCACAAACCAUUCGCUGUCAUUUGCUUUGGCCCCAACCAGAGCCCUGACGGUGGGCCACGUGGACCUUUGGACAUCCAGGACAACCAGCUUCAUCUUCCUCCGCUACUCCCCUCCUUGGCCUCUCUGUGGCUACUGAGCAGCUGGGUGGGACAGGGACAUGCCUGCAAGACCUCCUGUGCUCCUCCACAUGCAGCUCCCACGACAGCCAGAGCUGAGCAGUGACAGUUUUCCCUACCCUGGUGCCUGUGAACCAGACCUUUGGGCUUGGGCUCCGAGCUCUGAGCCCUGCCCAGCAGCAGGUUCUCUCCUCGCCCUCCCGUGAGCUCCUCCUUGCACCUCCCCAGGGGAACACGAGCCAGAAGGGCAGGGACUGGUGGGGCCACGCUCCCCGGGUGCCCUCCCUGCUCCUCUGCACUCUGAGCCACAGCGCGGGCAGAGAGACCCGGCUGGUCACCACUUCACUUUCCAUCCCAGGAGAUGCAGGAGGGAAGCCUUUCGCUGGGCUGGGAACCCCCUUCCUCAGCCUCCUGCUGCCCCGAGGCAGCCCGACGUGGAAGUGGAAGGGGUAUUUUUAGUACUUGCCCUGCGCUUGCUUCAAGGAUGGAGCUAAGAGGAACUGACAUCAAACAAAGCGUUGAAUUUCCUUUAAAAGGAAGCCUUUUUUUUCCUACUGCUCAGUCAUCACAAAACUUUUCUGUGAAGAGGGAUUGGUGAAAAAUCACCUUUUGUAGGAGGCAGACGGAGAUUGGCAUCAGAAGCCUCCGGACGCCGUUCCCUGUGCUGGCACCGGCUUCUCGCGAACCCGUCUGUGUCCCGUGGUGACCUUGCAUCCAAAAAUACACCCAAGGAAGCAACGUUCCCCCGGAGACCAAAGCUAACGCUUGGCAGAGCCUCUCCUGCUUCUCAGGAGACGUGAGAAGCGCUUUGUCAGCCAGGAACGGGGACCUUGCCCCGGCCCCACAGCCCGAUGUAAGGGGUGCUGGGCGGCAGGAGCCUUGGCACGGGUGCUGGGGACCAGUGGUGCCGUCCUGCCUGCCACCCGGCCCCGGCACCUACUGGGGAGCUGUACACUGCCCCAGCACGAGGCAGGCUGUUAGAGAGCCCCCAGAUCCCAGCGAAAGGCACCGUCCACGCCUCGAGGGGUCUGCCUGGAAGCCAUACAGCUACCGGGGAGCAAAGCGCCCCGCUGCCGGGGGGGCCUUGGCAGUGCCACGAGCACGGUGGAGGAGCACCGUGACAGCACGGACCCAGAUUUGGGGGGAGAUGGUGGCCCUUAAGAGCAAACCCGCUGGCCAGAAGGUGGCAACAUGUCCUCUCCCGUCUGGGCCUGGCACUAAGCAUGCCCACAGAAGAGGUCUGCAUUGGUUGGGAAGCUCUGCCCCCACUCAGACCCAGCUUGGCUUGAACAGCGCUGCGGUGUCACGUAGCCCCAGGUCAAUACUACCAAGAUUUGGGGUGCAAAGCCCUGGGGUCCUGGAGGACACCACGCUGAACGUGAGGCAGCAAUGCGCCCUCGCAGUAAAGCAGGCUCGUGCUACCCCGGGCUGCAUUAGGUAACAACCAGGCGCCUACAGAGCCCAGAAGCCUCCCCACCACCACCACCAGCACAGGGGACUCGCACUUUGCCCACCUUUGUGCACCACUCAGCAGAGAUUAGGGCACCGCUGACCUUCCUGACCCUCUGAAGUCCCUGUCACGACAUACAGUGAGGAGCCCCCCAGCAGCAGCUGCCUUAGUCACGAUAUGGGGGCUUCAGAGCACCGACCUGCUCAGCGGCUCUGCCUGGCGGGCUGGGGGCUGGCGCUGCCACCAAGGAGCCCAGGGCAGAGCGACCGCAACUGGGAGGGACUGGGAGCCACUGGAGCGUGGCAGCAGGGUUGUCUCUGCUUGGCAAUUCCUGCCCUGCGUGUGCUUGGUGAAACGCUGACCUCCCUCUGCAGGCUGCGCACAUGAUGCACGGAAAAGCACCGGAGCACCUCCCAGCCCCGACAAGAGCAGCUUUUCCUGGUCAAAAAAUUCCUCAUUCCUCCAGAAGCUGCUCAGAUUUCCCCGCGAUGUCCCCCUCCGGGCGCAAGGCAUUUCCCCAUUCCCCAGGGCUAAGAAAGGGAACUUACAGAGGAAAACAUUUCACAAGAUCAGAAUCUUUGGGGCUGGAGCGAAAGGCCCGUACGGGCCAGCAGGAGGGAGAAGUGGGGACACCACAGCUGAUUCUGGCCAAGGUAGGAGAAGGAUCUGCAAAAGCCACGCUGGGAAGGUGGGAUGUCAAAAAAUAUCAGGGACUUCCAGAGCACAGAGCGAGCCGCAGCACCGAGCUGGUGGCCACAGCCGUGGAGCUGCUGCCCCGUCCCACGCAGCACCAGCAUCUGGCCCAGCACCGGGUGCUGCUUCGUAGGACUUAUUUUUUCAGCCAGGAGCAGGGAGGUUAACGGGAUCGGAACCAGCUGAUGCCAGGGAGCCAUAACACAGCGUCUCUUUCUUUUCCCUCUUUUAGCUCAGCCCCUCGUACCUCUGCUUGGGAUUUGGGAGUGACCUCGGCCCUUUCCUAGGCGGACCGUUCCGCAUGGGCCACUGCCCAGGCACAAUGCACCUUGGCCUUUUCAUCGCAGGAGAGUGGUUCGGGAAGGUCACCAGUUCAGGCUGCGUGUCCCGGCUCUGGUUCGCAUGACAGCAAGUCAAAGGGAGGUCACGGGGGGAUGCUAACCAGGCGCCCAGCGAAGCCCUGCGGAGGGAAAGCACCUUCCUGCUAGAAGGGAAGUUGCACAGCGAGGGAGAAAGUGAAAUCCCAAAGUAGAAGUCCUAGACAGAGCAGCUCCUGCCCGAGGAGGCCCUGCUUUCCCUGCUGCAUCGCUUCUGCCGGCUGGGAUCAAGUCCUGGCAGCGGCACGGGCACUUCUGCAGCUGAGACCCGUGCACAGGCAGCCCGCAGCAUCAGACCUAAGCUGGGUUUCCUGGCCCAGCCGGCUGGAGAAGCAGGUUGUGCUGUGCUCAGCAGCCUGCUGAGGAGUUAGCAGCACAGGUCAAGGCGUUGGUGCUGGUCUGGAAAGCCCAGUGACAGUCAAAGUCCUUCGGCUGCACCUCCUGCCCCCAUGCUCUUCGGGGUGCUGAAGGCAGCAGAAAGCCCCAUGCCAGUUACAGACCGGGCUCUGACACGCUAAGGACAGCCCCAAGCCAACUUAAAUCCUCCUCUCACCGUGUUUCCUACUGGGUGCCUUUAGUUUUGGGGCUGUCUCAAGCCUCUCUGUGCAGGGUGUGCAGCAGCAUGCGGAGCAGGGAGAUGCUGCUCCGCAGCCCGUCACCUUCCUGCAGUGGUGCUUUAACCAGGUUACAGGGAAUGUGCUCGCAGGCUGCACACGGGGAGCCUUCCCCACGUCCCCUGCUGCUCGCCCUCGCUGUCAGCAGCCUGGCCCUCGCAGUUAUGAAACCCCACAGCAGCUGCUGGUGCCCUGACGGAGACAAUAGGUCAGGAGCGUGGUUUGUCUGCAAGCAAAGCGGCUGCAGCCGAGCAGUCGGUGUCUAGGGGCAGGAUUUCCCCACAUGCGAUUAGCUCCAGUGCUGGCACAGCGCUGGGCUCGGGGUCACUGGGGUCCCAGAGGCAGGAGAGCCCUUCGUGCCUCCCUUGCUCUCCAUGGGGUGCCCACGCCCCGUGCAGCUUUCCCUCUGCCGUCCCCAGGGGCUGGGGCCGCUGCGGGCCCCUGAGACCAGCGUCCGUGCCCUUGACUGACACACACACAUCUGGAGUCCUGCUUGCUAUUGAGUCCUCCCUGUCAUCGUGGGGCUGUGGGGACAGAGGGGGCACGCAGCUGAGACUUUCACUCUCUCUGGGUCCAGGAAAAUGGAUUUUUUUUAAAGCUCUGAGCAAAGA